UAUAGUUGUUUGAAAAGCUCUGAAACAAGCACGUAACAAAAACUAAGGCCCCUUUGUGGAUUGUGAUUGUAUUGAUUAUGAAUUUUCACAAAGGUUAUAAACAUUUAAUUGCUGGCUUAUGAGAAACCAACUUGUAAUCAUUCAUAAACUGAAACAAAAUAGUUAGGCAGAUGAAAAGUAAAAACACACUAGACAAUCACAUUUAUAUUUUGCAAUAGAUUAUUAUCUUUUACAGAAAAAUUCAACAAAAGCACUGUUACAAACCACCACCUCACUCAUUAUUUUGGGCUGCGUAGUAAUACAAGAGUCAAGAGGAGUUUAUCGGUGUGUCUGUGGAUUGUGGAAGGCAGAGGCGGAGGUGUUCUACUAUAGUUUUUGGUUAAUGAUCUUCUGUCGACUAUCAGAGAAAAAUAACUUCAUUGUUGUAACAGAACGUUUCUGUGUACUUUAAAUAAGCGUCUUAAAAGUGUUUAAAGUAUAAUGGAGUGUCCGCAUUUAACUGAAAAUAUAAAAAUCGUGUCCCCAGUCCAAACAGCAACAAAGGAUGUAGUUUGCGCAGUCUGUUCCUCGAAUCAGAGUCCAUGGAUGUGCCUUUAUUGUGGCAGUGUGCAUUGUGGCCGGUACGUCAACGCUCACUCACUUGAACAUUCCAACCAGAGUGGACAUCUCAUCUGUAUCGAGUGUAGUUCAUUGGCUGUGUUCUGUUAUGGUUGUGAUGAGUUUGUCGUCAAUGAUACUGCUAAUGAGUGCCUGGCACAGCUACGGCAGAUGAUCAAGGAAGCAGUGUCGGAGAGUUCUCCCUCUCAGGAAAAUAGACGCAACUUACGACCACGCUCUAGGAAAAGGUGUCAUUCUGCUGACAGCAGCACUGGAAGUACUGAAAACGAUAAGACUUAUCCGCAGAAACGACACACUGCCAAUAGUACAUACCUCAAAAACGUGAAACGUGAGAAAAAAGUCGUUGGUCUGCGGAAUCUAGGAAAUACAUGUUUCAUGAAUGCUGUUCUUCAAUCUUUAAGCAACAUAGAGGAGUUCUGCCUGUACUUCAAGCAGUUGCCGUCUCUUGAGAGCGUCAAAGGAGUUGGCCGCAGUAAGGUGUAUCAGUCCCGCAGUUUCCGGGAACUCAACGACGCACUGAUGGCAGAAGAGCUGCGGAAGAUCAUCAUUAACCUGACUGACAAUGGGGCGACCAAGUCGGCCAUAUCUCCCGAAUCCUUGUUCCUUGUCAUUUGGAAAGUAGUUCCUAGGUUCAGGGGGUACCAGCAGCAAGACGCCCAUGAGUUUCUGCGCUACAUGCUGGACCGGUUGCACACUGAAUUGUUACAUCUGCUGCCGGAGUCCCCGUACCUACUGGGGCAUAAAGGGCGGUCGUCAAUCGUCACCAGUGUCUUUGGCGGUACACUGCAGAGUGAGGUGAGAUGUCUCAAUUGCAGUAUAGAAUCCAAGAAACACGACCCUUUCCUAGAUCUCUCACUAGACAUCCCUGAUAAGUGUUAUCAGAAGAAGAACAGGGAAUCCAAUGAGGAUCCAGUGCCUCCAUGCAACAUUCUAGACUGCCUGACGAGUUUUAUUCAAGUGGAAGAGUUGGCUGAGACUGAGCUGUACUACUGCAACAACUGUAAGAGCAAACAACGCUCCACCAAACGCUUUUGGAUUCGCAGACUGCCUAAUGUUUUGUGCCUCCAUCUCAAACGUUUCCGGUGGAACAACUUCUUCCGCACGAAAGUGGACAUCAACAUUCAGUUCCCCGUGACGGCACUGGACAUGUCUCAGUACGUUCUCAGCGACCUGCCGGACACACGACUGAGCGGCUCCAACCUGUAUGACCUGGCCGCGGUCAUCGUACAUCAUGGCACUGGGGCGGGAUCGGGACACUACACAGCGUUUGCUAUAAAUGACGGACAAUGGUUUCACUUCAACGACAGUUCCGUACGUCAGACUCAACUAGAUGUUGUGGCCAAGUGCAAGCCUUACAUCCUCUUCUACAUCAAACGAGAGUUUAGUGUGCACUCGUGAAACAACGCCUUCACCAAACGUUCUCUCUCCUUCCUCAGAAGAUAAAUGUUUCUACAGUGUCGGGUCUGACCCUGUGCUGGUACGAUUGAAAGCUAAACUCGGCUUUCUGUGAUAUUUUAAAUUUCAAUUAAUCAGCACCCCGAAAUAUCUCUUGUCUGCUAGUCUAAAAUCUUAUCUUGAUGUGCAAGAUAUGGUGAUAUACAUAUAAAUAUAUAUUAUUUAGCAUUUAUUGUGUUCGAGUUGUUUUUAUUUUUCGGUUGCAAACUGUAAAACGGACGGACGAAUAGAUAAAUCUAUUUUUGUAACGCGGAUCCAAGCCGAAUUAUAGCUUUCCCGUGGGUUCUUUAUUAGCUCCGUAAAUUAGCUCAAGUAGGUUACUAAGUGGGUACGAAUCGAGCCUUAUUGUAUACAUUAGCACGGAUUUAAUUUUGUGUGUGCAUUGUAUUUAAAACUGUGCUGUCUGGGAAACAAAUUGAAUUAGACUGAGAGUGUGCAAUGUAGACUUUGUUUCUUGGUUACUUAAAAAUAUGUGUACUCGUAAAUUUAAAGAUAAUCUGUAAAGAAAAGACCAAUAUCAGUUUUAAAUCUUAAUAAUGUAAAAUAUAAGCCACAGAGAUAUUUUAUACUCUGAAUAUAUACAUUUUGAAGUAAAACAAUUUGAGUAAAGGCUUAGGCAAUUUUAAAAUGUUAAUUUCACUUAAGUGUAUUUUCCUUAUCAAAUGUAUAAAUUCACCAAAAUUACUAUUUGACAAGAUACACAUGUGUUAACUGCCUAUUACAUAUUUACGUGGUAUGUAUAUUGUUGUUGACAUAGCUACUUUAUAGUUCAUAUCAACUGUCUAACUACAAUAUCACUAACUAAGGAUUUAUUUUAUUUUAAUUAGUACAAAUUUUACUUUUACAGUAAUUCAGACCGAAGUAGAAUACAAGUCCUUAAAAUUGAAUUAAAUACUAGUGUCUAAAUGAUUAGUAAAAAAAAAGGAAUGGGCAGAUUAAGCAUCUCGAAUUGAAAGAUGGUGAUAAAACUUUAUUUAUUAUUUCAUACAAACCCAUACUUGAUUUUAAAAUUUGUUUGGUUAGAUGUUAAAUCGAAUUUACUUAUCAUAAAUUAUGUUUUAAACAUUAUUUAAUCGAAUUAUAUUUAUUUAAUACUUUUUCUUAAAAUGCCAACAGUACAAACGUUAGUAAUAUAUUUAAUUGGAUUUCUCAAAGUUAGAUUAAAACAAACUAUGAUUUUAUUAUUAUUUUUUUUUCUUUGAUGUGGUUUUAUUUGAUGACUAAUUAUUUAACUUUAAUUACAUUGAAUCUUCCUAUUUUUUGUAUACCUUUUUUAAAUAUGUAAAAUAAACUAUUCUUAGUUUGAAAAUUAAGUUUUAACGAAACUGAGAAACAAAGCUUUGUACCCAAUCAAACUACCAACCUUAAAAUCCUUAAAAUUUCUUUGCUAUAAUAGAUAUCUCGUUUACGUAAAUAUUAAGAUGUCCUAGUGGAUGCAUCUCUAAAUGCAUCAAAUAAAGUAACAAAAUUGUAAUAAAUAUUAAAUCCUACAGUGCACACUUAAUAUAUUCUUCAUCUGUUCUUUAUUUAUAUUGAUAUUUUUCACUCUCUUUUAUUUCUAAAACAGUAUUGUUCUCUGAAUUUGUUUAUUUCUACAGCUUUUGGAAAUGUUGUAACAAGUUGGUGAAGUUAUGUACCUGUAAUAAAGAACAAGUGUAUGAAGUGCGCUUCUAUGUCAGUAUUUUCGCUUAUACUCAGAAUGCAUUAUGCAGAGUUGAUGUGUUAUUGUAGUUGUUUCAUUUUUGUGUUCCGACUUUGUGUUGUUGUUAAGACAUGACUGUUAAAUUAAUGGAUUUUUUUAUAAAUAUUUUGUCAAAUAAAUAUUAUAGUUAUUUUAUUUUUUUACUUCUUAAGUAAUUCUAUUCAAUAAAAAGGGAAAUCAAGUUUGUGACAUGCUUUUUCAUAGUUGAUUUAUUUAACUUAUUUGUAUUUUGUAGAAUGUAUGUUGUUAAGUUUUAGGAAAAAAGAUUUGUGUUCGAGGUGUUUUUUGGCAAAGUAAAUAAUAAUUAUACGUUCAUAAAAUACUAAGUAUUAAUAGUUACUUAAUAGGGAGUAAUGUUUGAGUUAGUGUAGAAGAAAUGGAUACAUUCGUUUAAGGUUCUAGAGAUAACAGAAAUAUGGAUGGUACAAUACACUACAGCUUUGGAAUAGCUACGCAUAUAUUCAUGGUCAUCUCUUGUCGGUAUUCCCAUUAUGGUGGAAUAAACUUUGAUGUACAAAUAUUUGUAUUUUCAGUCAGAGAUCGUUCUUGUAGUAUUUUUUUUUUUAUUAUUAUAAAUGUAAGGCGGAUAUAAUUGGUUGAAAAACACAACACUGUUUUAGUUUUAUUCUAAAUAAAAAGGUUUGUAGGUAUAUUAAAAAUUUAAACUAUUAAUAUAUUUAUUUUGUAUGGAAGCUGGGGAUAAAAAUAUCCCUGUAUUGUUAUUUUAAGAGCAGAGUUCUUAAAAACAUAAUAUUGUGAGAUAUUCCACAUAAAGUAAAAAAUAUGAGAUUAAUAUGAGAAAUAUAUUUAUAUUAGACUGUUUCAUUUAUUUUUAUCACAAUUCAAAAAUUUUACAUCUUGACUUUUUAAUUGAAAUCUAAAUUAUCUUAUUACUCUUGUUUUAUUUCUCCUCUUUUGUUUAUGAGCCACUUUAUUUUAGAAGCAUAAUAAAGUUGGGAUGCCUAAAGAUGUCUUCUAAGAUAAAUUUAAAUUGUGUUAUUAUCAGGGUCUUUAUUAUUGGGGAUCUGUAUUAUAGCAUUUCUCUGAGGCACUAAAGAUGGAAAUCACAGAGCAAUAAAUCAGACUAUCGGGAGAAUGCUCAAGAGUGGUCCAUAGAGGCAUUCUAUUUGUGGAGAACUUCAGUAUUUGGUUGAGCGCUACUGUGGGAAGGGAUGAAAUAAAAAAUUGAUUUUAGUGAGUCUUGGAACAAUAAGUAGCCCUUAACUCACUAAAAGCACUCACAGCAUUAAGCAGCAUUUAUUGUGCAAAUAUUAUUACACUGUUUGCAAACUUUUAUUUUGGAAAUUGGCAAACAGCAAUUACCAUCAAGGGAAUCACAAAUUUCACAAAAUCUUCUCAUUGAUGGUGGUUUGAGGUUAGCAAACUUCCUUGUUUUUAAACUCUUCAUUCCUUGAAUUCCUUCUGGCAAAACAUGACCACUCAGUUGGUUUUAUUUCUUUACGUGCGAGAAAAUUAGUGAUCUGUGCACAAUGAAAAGAACUUGUUCCAAUAUUAUGAGCACUAUGAUGAAACUUUACUAAUCUGUAAAAUAAUUAGCAUGCUUCGUUCGAGACAUUUUAAACCAGUGCAGAUGUUUCUUCCCUUAAAUCUUUAUUACUCAGAAACAAGUUCCAAUUUUUUAAGCAAAUCUAAACCAAGAAAUUUAGCCGGACUGAUUCAGAACGUAACUGAAGUUUCUAUGUCUUAAAUAUAACACAACAUAUUAUCAAUACGUCUCACUGCAGGUAGCUCAGUGUCAAGGAUAAGGAGUAACAUGGGCGUAGAUAGCCUUAAUAAACGUCAGGAAAAAUUAUUUGAACCUCCUCACUCUUUUUGGACGUUUUAUUGUUAUAUAUUUUCUCUGGUAGAAAUUUAUUGUAAAUAAACAUGUUAAUGAUUAAUUAAUGACCUAAAAAUCAGACCAAAAUGUUUUCUGUGUACAAAAUGUAACACCCCACAGACAAUCUUUAUAAAAUUAACAUUGUUUAGUAAUUUCACAAAUAAAAAUUGAAAAGUUAGUAAAGACAGUAAGAAGAGAACUGAAGUAAAACUUAGCCCUUCACAUAGUGUCAGACACCUAUCAAGCUUCUAGAACUAGACACUGGGAAAAUUACUUGAGAAAACCGGUUUGAUUAUGACGCGAGAAUGAAGUCAUUGUGUAGUAGAAACAUAGUGCAAUAUUUUUAUUAAUUAUCAUCAAGUAGUUAACAGUUUGUUGGCUGAGCAUAUUAAAAGUUAUCUCUUGAGAGGCUGGAAAAGUUUCAGUUCCGUCUGUCUGUCUGCACGAUAAUUAGGAAACAAACUACCAAUAGACUCAUCAUUUUGUAUGUAGCUUUAUUUCUACAUAGGCAAUAUUGAAUUCAAUGAUGUCACUAAAAAGGAUUUGACUGAGUGUUGAUGAAUAUUUUAACAUUUGUCUUAUGGUUAUCAUGAUGGCAAUAAGAAAAUGGCAGAAUAAAUUAAUUUGUAAACAAAUUGAAUGCAAUCACGUGCGAUUUUAACAUAUGCAUAGAGUAAAAAGAUAAAUAAUAGAGUACAAAGUUAAUGUUAAAAGUUUGUGAGAAAAUUUGAUUUCAGCGUAACCUUGGCUUAUAAUACCUUCCUAGCUCAUCAAAACAUUUAUUAUUUGAACACUGCUAUGAAACCCAAUUUAAUGAACAAAAUGGGAGUGUAUCAUGUGGCAAUAUAUAUUGAGAAAGUAUUAAUCUUAGGUUUGAAAUUUUGCUUGAAGCUUCAUUUCUGCAUAGACAAGAAUGAGUUGUAUGAUGGUGGUCCUACCAUUGAAUUUGGCUGAGCGUCAUUGAAGCGUAUCACUCAGUAGGCUGACACAAUUUUUCUUCUCUCUGCCGGGAAAUGUAAAAUAUUUGUUUUCUAUUUGAUUGUUCAGUUCAUUUUAAUUGUUUUCAUUCCAGUAUUAAAAUGUGGAAUAAUAAGAUUUAAGAAAUAUUUUUAUUAACCCUUUCGAUCCCAACGUCCUAUUUUUAGGACGUCCGGAAAAAAAUAUUUUUCGAAUAUAAUAAAUUUCAGUAUAAUUAUAAUUAUUACAUCAGAGUACUCGUAAUGAACCGGCCUACAAAGUUACAGUAACUAUUGAUACUUUUUAUUCGAUGUGUCAACUAUGUUUUAGUUUGAUUUAGAUGGCCGUGGCUGUUUGGCCAUGUUACAUCUUUUUUUCUUUUGAUAUUAUCUUAGCUAUUUAUGAAUAUAUUGCAAUGAAAACUUGGGUUCUACUUCAAUUUUAUGUGCAAUAAUAAAAAAACAUAUUGAUUUUGACCUAGGAAUUUUUCUAGGCUUCUCCUUACCAUUAGAAAUGCAAAAUUUAGGAAUUAUUUUUUUUUGUAAGUAACAAUUUUUUUACAAAAAAUUUUUUUGUGCAUGAUUACAAAAGUUUAGUUUAAACCAUGCAAUACAGUGUACUUUGGGAAGUAAAAACAUAAAAACUACAUGAAUUUUCAUCAAUAAAUGAAAAUUCUAUGCAAUUUUUAGCUAACGUCUACACUAAAAUGUGGCUGGGACUGGUGCAGAUACCUCAGCGCCAAGAGCUGGGAAUCUGGUAGAUCCCCACACAAAAAUCUUGGGGUCGAAAGGGUUAAGUUAUCUACAAAUUACCUUACAUGAUUAUAUAAGUUAUUAAUGGAUCAAUUUUUAACAGGGAAGAUUUAAAAAAGUUUCCCAGAUCCUAUCUUCAUUAGUUUUUUAUUCAGUGCCACUAUUUCCAAUUAACUUAAUAUUCCGAAGUGUCAUUGCUUGUAGCUAAACUGUACAGUCUGUGGUAAUGAGGUAUUACACGGUCAAUGGUUAAGUAUAAGUUUCCAUGGAUUUCUUGUGUUAGCCGUUCCAUUAUUUGUAAGUGAGUGAUUGUGUAAAAGAAACAUAUUGCUAGUCUAACGAAACAUGCUUUCUCAAUGUAUAACAUUAAUCUUAUCUGGGUGAAAUACUUGCAAACCUUUUUACACCAAUGGAAAUUAGUGUUAAAACGCUGUAUUUUAAAUAUGUGACAUUGCUACAUGUAGCUUUAACAUGAAGGUUGUAUUAACGAUUGACCUUCUCAAGACUAUAUGUGUAUAUAUGUAUCAUAUUCAAUCCACAGGAAAGCUUUGGUCGUAAGAGAUCUACAUUCCUUAUUUCCUCAUCAUUUACUUUAGGUAUUUCCUUGGGCGGUCAUUUACGUAUAGGUAUAGAUCUUAUAAUAUUUAUCGUUGUACAUAUCUCAAAUAAAAUAUUCUUUAUCUAGA